AUGGUAGAUAAUUCAGGUACGAAAGUAAGUCAAUUAUGUGUUGUAGCAUUGAUUGGUAAAAGUACUUUAUUUGAACAACAAUGUAAUAAAUCUUGGAAAUUAAAUCAAGUUAUACAAACACCUGCAUUUAAAGAACAUUCUAUUAAUAAUAAUGAAGAUGAUUUUGAACAUUAUUAUGAUCAUAUAAAUAAUACGAUAUAUAUUCAUCUUCGAUCAUUUCAUGAUACAUAUCAAUUACUUCAUUUAAUUGAUAAUAUGAAUGAUGAUACAUCAAUGCAAAAUUUUGCUCAACUAUGGGAAAAUAAACAAGCGAAUUUUAUUAAAAAAUGCCUGAUUUGUUUUCUUCUCUCACA